AUGUCCUUAGACACCGACGAUUCAUGCACAGUUAUCAAUAAGAGCCAGGCUCUUCCAUCUCUACCGCAGACACGGUUUGUGGGCGAGGUUGAUUUACCAGAAGAGAGGGAGCCAUUACUCAUCGAAUCGAAGAGGCGUUUUGUCCUCUUUCCUAUCCAAUAUCAUGAGAUCUGGCGAAUGUACAAGAAGGCCGAGGCAUCCUUUUGGACCGCCGAAGAAAUCGACAUGUCCAAAGACCUCAUGGAUUGGAAUCAUCGUCUCAACGACAACGAACGAUAUUUCAUCUCUCACAUCCUCGCAUUUUUCGCAGCCUCGGAUGGCAUCGUGAACGAAAAUCUAGUCGAGCGUUUUUCGAACGAAGUCCAAGCUGCAGAGGCUCGCUGCUUUUAUGGAUUUCAAAUCAUGAUGGAGAACAUACAUUCUGAGACCUACUCCCAGCUCAUCAACUCGUACAUCGCCGAUCCCGAGGAACGAGAGUUCCUCUUCGACGCUAUCGAGACCAUCCCUUGCGUCAAGCGCAAAGCGGAUUGGGCUUUGCGGUGGAUAGAAGACCGGAGGUCGAGUUUCGCGGAGAGACUUGUAGCUUUCGCGGCCGUGGAGGGCAUUUUCUUCUCCGGCUCCUUCGCGUCGAUCUUUUGGCUGAAAAAGCGGGGCUUGAUGCCGGGGCUGACCUUCUCCAAUGAGCUUAUUAGCAGAGACGAGGGCAUGCACACAGACUUUGCAUGCCUUCUGUUCGGCCAUUUGAAGAGACGACCGCAUCCUGAGGUGGUUUCGAUCAUCAUAUCUGAGGCCGUCGCAAUCGAGCAAGAAUUCCUCACAGAUGCCCUACCAGUCGGCCUCAUAGGAAUGAAUGCCGCGCUGAUGUGUCAAUAUAUCGAGUUUGUCGCAGACCGCCUCCUCGUCGCCCUCGGAAAUCCGAAACAUUAUCACGUAAACAAUCCGUUCGACUUCAUGGACAUGAUAUCUCUCGAGGGAAAGACUAACUUCUUCGAGAAACGAGUGUCUGACUACGCCAAAGCUGGUGUCAAACCCACGGACACCCAAGGCCCGUCCGCUCAAUCUCGAGUCUUGUGGGCCUGUUUCUUUUUGUUCCAUUAUCCCGCCACUCUUCUGACCUGUUUAUUUAGCUCCACAGAUGAAGAAUUUUGA